GCUGCUGCCAUAUGAUGUAGAUGAUGAGAUUGAUCGAAGGAACUUAUGUCAAUUUGCUAAGCAAGUUGGAGAUGAAUGCAAACAAGAAGCAAUGGUCCAUUGGACCUAUACUACAAAAGGGUUCAAGCACCAGGCACAAAAGUUUGGAGUGGCUAGACAAACAAGGUCCAAAUUCUGUUCUUUAUAUCUCUUUUGGAUCAUCGACUACAAUGACCGAUAAACAGAUUCAAGAACUGGCUAUGGGGCUAGAAAACAGCAAGCAGAAGUUCUUGUGGGUACUGAGAGACGCAGAUAAAGGUAAUGUUUUUUAUGACGAAACGAGAAAAGCAAGAUUACCAGAAGGGUAUCAAGAAAGAACUGAAGGAACAGGUAUUGUAGUAACAGAUUGGGCACCACAGUUAGAAAUUUUGGGACGCACUUCUAUCGGUGGAUUUAUGAGUCAUUGUGGAUGGAAUUCAUGUAUGGAAAGUAUGACAAUGGGAGUUCCUAUAUUAGCUUGGCCAAUGCACUCUGAACAACCAUGGAAUGCUACACUAAUAACUGAAAUUUUAGAAGUUGGCAUUCAAGUGACAGAACAAGCACACCAAAUGGAAGUUGUUAACUCAUCAACUAUUGAGAAAGUUGUGAACAGACUGAUGGUGUCUAAAGAAGGGGAGGAGUUAAGAAGCAGGGCUGAAAAGUUGGGUAGACAAGUUUGGCAAUCAAGAGAUGAAGGAGGUGUUUCUCAACUAGAGCUUAGUUCUUUCAUGGCUCAUCUUAGCAGAUAGAUGAUCUAUGCUGCUCGUAUUCUUUGAAAAUG